AUGAAGUUUCUCUUAAUCAGCCUAGCUGCUAUUGCCGCCGCUCUCCCCACGGACAAGGGCAUUAUACCCGGCAAAUUUGUCGUAGCGCUCAAGCCUACGGACGAUCUUGAUCUCCACGCUCGAUGGGUAUCCGAUAUCAACAGAGAGUCUUUGUCCCGUCGCGGCGUUGAGUCCGUUGGAAUUGACAAGACCUUUAGUUUCCCUGGUUUCAAGGGUUACUCGGGGUCUUUCGAUGAGGAGACUAUCAAGAUCAUCAAGGCUAAUUCCACUGUCCUGCGCGUGGAGCCAGAGCAAGAAUACACUGUCGCUGCGCAAGUUACACAGCAAAGCCCCCCAUGGGGUCUUUCGGCUAUUUCCAACGCCAAACCACCAUCUUCAAAAGCCUCUUAUACUUACGACUCGACUGCGGGUGAGGGAGUUUUCGCUUAUGUGCUGGACAGCGGCAUUUACCUUGAGCACCAAGAAUUCCAAGGUCGCGCCGUCUUUGGCGCGGACACGUCGGGCGUUGCCAGCCAGAAGCAGCACGGUACUCUCGUCGCUGCCAUCGUCAACGGUGCCACGUACGGAGUUGCUAAAAAGGCUACUGUUGUCGAUGUUCAGGUUUUGGGUGACAGCGCAGGUACCACUAGCGGUGUUAUCGACGGUGUGGCCUGGACGGUCAACGAUAUCGUGGCCAAGAAGCGUGCUGGAAAGGCCGUCAUUAACAUGAGUUUGUCGGGAGGGUCCUCUGAAAUCAUGAACGAUGCGGUGCAGAAGGCUAUCGAUGCUGGUGUUCCAGUUGUCGCAGCCGCAGGAAAUAUGAACGACAAUGCGGCAAAUUGGAGUCCCGGGAAUAACCCCAAUGUCAUCACCGUUGCUGCCAGUAACAAGAAUUAUCAGCGAUGGCAGCAUUCUAAUUGGGGACCUGCGUGUGAUAUUUUCGCACCGGGCCAAGAGAUUUUGUCUGCUUGGCCUACCUCUUCUACCGGGUCGCGAACCGCAGAUGGCACGUCGGAGGCUGCUCCCCAUGUUGCAGGUGUUAUUGCUUAUCUUCUUGCUUUGGAAGGUCCGCGUACGCCUGCUAUGAUCUGGGCAAGAGUUAAGGAAUUGGCGAUCAAGGAUAAGAUUACGGAUAGCAAGGGUGUUCCCAACCUUUUCUUGUACAACGGAAUUGGCAAGUGA